AUGGAUGUUCAAGAGGAAGGUACUGUUUUAUCCACACAUGACCACACCACUAAGGGAGAUAAUCACGAAAAUCAUGAAGAUGUGAAUCUGAGGAAAACACAAUGGUCCAACAAGUUUCAGGGCAUCCUUGCUCUUCUCGGAUUCUCAGUGGGUCUAGGCAACCUGUGGAGGUUCCCUUAUCUCUGUCAAAGGAACGGCGGUGGGGCGUUCCUGAUUCCGUAUGUCAUCUCGACAGCUGUGGUAGCCGUCCCACUCUUUAUUCUUGAAGUUGCUCUCGGUCAGUUUUCAGCCCAAGGACCAAUCAAGGUUUGGGCAAUAUGUCCACUGAUGAAAGGUGUUGGUUUUUGCAUACUGUUCGUCACCUGCAUCGUCGUCCCGUACUACAGCAUGGUGUUUGCCUGGGCCCUCUACUACCUGUACAGCUCCUUCUCUACCGUCCUGCCCUGGACCACGUGUGACAACUCAUGGAACACCCUGCAGUGUACGAAUGUAGGUGCUAAGACAACAUAUACAGACACUAAUAAUACCGAAUAUACAAGUGAAGACAUCCGGCGUGGAAACAGCAGCAGCAAACAGGAGUCUCCACGCACGUUUGGUCAUACAUCGACAGAAGAGUUCUGGCAGUGA